GUCGCACCAAGCAAGCAGCACAGCAGUAGCCCCACAAGCUCUAGCUGCCCUGUCCCUGCACCGAGCUGAGAGAGCAAUGGACCCGAGCAGAGGCGGCCUGGUCGCCACUGUGGCGGUGCUCCACCUGCUGCUGUUCGCUCCGGGCAUGGCAGCGGCGUUCAACUACGCAGACGCGCUCGCCAAGUCCAUCAUCUUCUUCGAGGGCCAGCGCUCCGGCAAGCUGCCCCCCGGCAACCGCAUGCCGUGGCGCGCCGACUCUGGCCUCACCGACGGCGCGCAGUACAAUGUGGAUCUGGUCGGCGGGUACUACGACGCGGGCGACAACCUCAAGUUCGGGCUGCCGAUGGCCUUCUCCACGACGAUGCUGGCCUGGAGCGUCGCCGACUUCGGCAAGUUCAUGGGCGCCGAGCUGCCCCACGCCAGGGCCGCCGUGCGCUGGGGCGCCGACUACCUCCUCAAGGCCGCCACCGCCACCCCCGGCGCGCUCUACGUCCAGGUCGGCGAGCCGGGGCGCGACCACGCGUGCUGGGAGCGCCCCGAGGACAUGGACACGCCCCGGAGCGUCUACCGCGUCGACGCCAACAAACCGGGCUCCGACGUCGCCGGCGAAACGGCCGCGGCGCUGGCGGCGUCCUCGAUCGCGUUCCGCCGCUCCGACCCGGCCUACGCCUCCCGCCUACUCCACGCCGCCAUGGAGGUGUUCGACUUCGCCGACCGGCACCGCGGCUCCUACAGCGACUCCCUCAGCUCCGAGGUCUGCCCGUUCUACUGCUCCUACUCGGGCUACCACGACGAGCUCCUGUGGGCGGCGUCGUGGCUGCACCGCGCGUCCAACAACGCGUCGUACAUGACGUACGUGGAGGCGUACGGCAUGCAGCUGGGCGCCGGCGACGACGACUACUCCUUCAGCUGGGACGACAAGAGGGUCGGCACCAAGGUGCUGCUCUCCAGGGGGUUCCUGCGGCGCAAGCUGCAGGGGCUGCAGCUCUACAAGGCUCACUCCGACAGCUACAUCUGCUCGCUCGUCCCCGGGACGAGCGGCUUCCAGGCCGGCCAGUACACGCCGGGAGGGCUCAUCUACAAGGAGGGCGAGAGCAACAUGCAGUACGUGACGACGGCGACGUUCCUGCUGCUCGCCUACUCCAAGUACCUCAAGUCCAGCGGCGCCACCGUGUGCUGCGGCGGCGGCGUCGUGUCGCCGGCCGACCUGGUGGCGCUGGCGAAGCGGCAGGUGGACUACAUCCUGGGGAAGAACCCGGCGGGGAGGUCGUACAUGGUCGGGUUCGGGGCGCGGUACCCGGAGCGCGCGCACCACCGGGGCGCGUCCAUGCCGUCGGUGCGCGCGCACCCGGGCCGAAUCGGCUGCGACGCCGGGUUCCAGUACCUCCACGCCGGCGGGGCGAACCCGAACGUGCUCGUCGGCGCCGUGGUGGGCGGGCCGGACUCGAGGGACGGCUUCGACGACGAUCGCGGCAACUACGCGCAGUCCGAGCCCGCCACCUACAUCAAUGCGCCGCUCGUCGGUGCCCUCGCGUUCUUUGCCGGAACCACCAGGAAGUAGCUAGGGGGUGUGCGUUCCCGUGUAGUGUGUCACGUGUGACGUGUGUGUGGAUCAGAUUGGCAUGUGACAGAGUGGGAGCGCCAUGGCAGACAGCAGAAGCUGUGUGAGCUGAGCUCCCCCGUCGCCUGCGCCCGUAUUGUAUUGGGCUCGCUGGUAACCGUAUCGUGUCGAGUCGUA